AUGCUGCGCUUCAGGCGAUACCGCCUUGUGUUCUACGGCGCCGUCAUAUCCUUAAUUCUCUUCUACCACAUUUCCCGCUCAUCCGACUGGGGGCCCAGCGGCUCUCCCACAAUCUACCGUGGCUACGAGCCGCCAGUCGGCGAUGACAGCUCGUAUGGCCGUCUGGAGGCCGACACUCCCUCCUAUAAUGGUAAAGAUGAAGAUGCAGCCAAGCACAACCAUCCCGGUCAGGCCACAGAGGUAGCGCCAAGCUCCAAUGCUCUGCCGGCAGUCCAACCGAGCACAACAGGGCUGGAAACUGCCAAGCCGUUGGUGCCGAUAGAAGAAGAGGCGGUCGAAGAGCCACCACCAGUCGAGACCGACGACGAGGCCGAAGCCGAGGCCUCUAUCCACCGGGUUAGCCCCCCGGGCGCUUUCCAGGAGGGUAACAUUGAGCCGUCCGCCCCCGUGGUCCACUGGAACAAGACGCCCGAACACUUCCCUGUCCCGGUGGAGUCGCUGAUCCAACUGCCCACCGGAGUGCCAGCAGCGAUUCCGCGAAUUCAAUACGACUUCGGCCCCGAGACGCAGACCGCCCGCGAGGCCCGCGAAGCCCGCCUCUUUGCCGUACGUGACGAGAUGACCCGGGCUUGGCACGGCUACCGCACGUAUGCUUGGGCCCACGACGAGCUGGCGCCGCUGUCCAAGACGUUCCGCGAUCCCUUUUGUGGCUGGGCGGCCUCUCUGGUCGACGCCAUGGACACGCUGUGGAUCAUGGGCCUACGUGACGAUUUUGACGACGCAUACGAGGCCGUCAAGAAGAUCGACUUCACCACGACGCCCUACCGCCCCGAGAUCCCUGUCUUCGAGACCAUCAUCCGCUAUCUCGGCGGCCUUAUUGCGGCCUACGACGUCAGCGGCGGCAAGGCCGGCAGCUACCCGGCCCUGCUGGACAAGGCCGUCGAGCUGGCUGAGGUUCUCAUGAGCGUCUUCGACACGCCCAACCGCAUGCCCAUCCUCUACUACCGAUGGGCGCCCGAAUCGGCGUCUCAGGCAAGGAUGGCAGACACCGCCUCUGGGAUUGCCGAGCUGGGAUCCAUGACCAUGGAGUUUACCCGCCUCGCCCAGCUGACGGGCCAGAAUAAGUACUACGACGCCAUUGCCCGCAUUGUCAACGCCCUCGAAGAGUGGCAGAGCCGCGAAGGCGGCACCGCCGUGCCCGGUAUCUUCCCCGAGCACGUCGACGCGUCCGGCUGCAACCGAACUGCAGCCGCCGUCGAACAGAUGCAGCUGGAGGGCGCCAGCAGGGCCGCUCAGUCCCAAGCUGCUGAGGCACAAGACCUUGGCGAAGAGCCCGUGGGCUACCAGCCGCUGCAGACGAAGCCCGUCUCUAAGAAACGUGCAGCCGAUCUCGUGGAGCCUCCGUUGGCUUAUGCUGCACCUGUUGAUACGCGUUCUACGGUAGUCGAUUUCGCCACGGCCGCUGUGCCCAUCGCAACAGCACCAUCUAUACCGCCGUCUCCUUUGAAGCACCGUCCCAUUCCUCCCGUACAAGCCAACGGCGAGACCUUUGACUGGGAAUGCAGACCCCAGAACCUGACGACGGCCAGCUACGGAUCAGAGUCCUACAGCAUGGGUGGCAGCCAGGACUCCACCUACGAAUACUUCCCCAAGCAAUACCUCCUUCUCGGCGGCUUGGUGCCCAAAUACCGGACAAUGCACGAAAAAGUAGUCGCCGCCGUGAAAAAGUAUCUUCUGUACCGUCCCAUGAUCGAGGACGAGGCCCGCGACAUCCUGUUCUCCGCCAGAGUCAACAGCCGCGAUGGCACCGACAACAAGCUAGCGUACACCUACGAGGUCACUCAUCUGACCUGUUUCCUGGGCGGAAUGUUUGCCAUGGGCGGCCGCAUCUUUAACCACCCUGAGGAUGUAGAGAUUGGUGCCAAACUGGCCGACGGCUGUGCCUGGGCAUAUGAAGUCAUGCCCGCCGGCAUCAUGCCCGAGUUCUCCACCAUCCAGCCGUGUGCCCGCAUGACAGACUGUCCGUGGAACCAGACGCUCUGGUACGACCGGCUCGACCCCAGCAAAGACUGGCGCGCCGAGCAGAUGGCCAAAUACAAAGAUCGUCUGACGCAGUGGGAGGCAGACAAGGCUGAGAUUGAAGCCCUGGAGCGGGAGGAGUUUACCGCCCCGGCUGUCGCAGCAGAAGCCGCAGCUCCGGCUGACUUCACGGCAAGCGUUGUGGGCAAGCGGGACGUCGGCAGUGCAGCUGUCGAGCAGAAGGCCGAGGCUGUGGAAAGCGACUUCGGUCUCAGCGCCAUGGCCGAACUCGAUUCAACGUCCACUGCGGCCGUCAGUCCGCCACCGCCACCGCCUGCGAAGACUCUUGGGCCGAAACCCAAACCUCCACUGACACACGAGGAGUAUGUGGCAGAACAGAUCAAGCGGAAGCACCUGCAGCCCGGCUUCGAUGAUGUCAUUGACCGGCGAUACAUUCUUCGGCCGGAGGCAAUCGAGUCGGUAUGGUACAUGUACCGCAUCACCGGCGACCCAGCCUGGCAGGAGAAGGGCUGGCGGAUGUUCAAGGCCGUGAUCAAGGCUACCCAGAACCAGGUCGGCCACAGCGCCAUUAACGACGUGACGGUCACGGACGAGAUCCAGCAGUCCGACAGCAUGGAGAGCUUCUGGUUUUCCGAGACACUCAAGUACUUUUAUCUGCUGUUUGCCCCGCCAGACGUCGUCAGCUUGGACGACUGGGUCCUCAACACGGAAGCACACCCGUUCAGGCGGCCGACGUGA